AUUGAUAGGAAGAUCGAGUUCCCUCUUCCAGAUAUCAAAACUAGAAGACGCAUCUUCCAGAUACACACAUCGAAGAUGACUCUAUCGGAAGAUGUGAACCUUGAAGAGUUUGUGAUGACGAAAGAUGAGUUCUCGGGUGCUGAUAUAAAGGCUAUAUGCACUGAGGCUGGUCUACUUGCUCUCAGGGAGCGUCGUAUGAAGGUGACACAUCCGGAUUUCAAGAAAGCGAAGGAGAAGGUUAUGUUCAAGAAGAAGGAAGGCGUCCCUGAAGGCCUUUACAUGUAA